GGUUUUAUUUCAGUAAAAUAUUUCCAAUUCCUGUCUGUCUCUAUUUGUUUUUUUUAUACUCAAUAGGGUUUCUUCUGGUUUCGAACAAUGUUAUUAUUAAACUACUGGUUAUCUUGCGUGUUUAUCUCAAAUUCCUGAGUUGGGUUUAGCAUGUGAAAGUGAAUCCAUCUUCUUUCUUUGAUCCUCUGAAAUUUCUGCAAAUCAUGAAAAGUAAUGGCUUUGGGAGUAAUAGCCCUUUUCUAUCUCCUCUCUUUAUCAUAGUUAUACUAGCAGUUAUAUUCUUCAUAGCUGGUCUUCUCCAUCUUCUUGCUAGAUUUCUAAUCAAACAAAGAUCUUCCUCACCUGUGUCUCGCUCUGAGCCGAACCCAGAUUCUGUCCAGAGGCAAUUGCAGCAGCUCUUCCAUCUACAUGACUCUGGCCUUGAUCAAGAAUAUAUUGAUGCACUCCCAGUUUUCCUGCAUAAAGAAAUAAUGGGUUUGAAAGAAUCAUUUGAUUGUGCUGUCUGUCUUUGUGAAUUCUCAGAGCAUGAUAAGUUGAGAUUGCUUCCUUUAUGCAGUCAUGCUUUCCAUGUAGACUGUAUUGAUACAUGGCUACUGUCAAAUUCAACAUGUCCACUUUGUAGAGGAACCCUUUUCGCAGCUGAUUUCUCCAUCCAAAACCCAUGUUUUGAUUUCGAUGAUUCAACAGAAGAAGGGGAUUUUUCAAAUCCAAAGCCAGUUGAAGCAGAAAUCGUAAGGGAAAAGAGGGUUUUCUCAGUUAGACUUGGCAAAUUUAAAAACACAAAUGUUGGUGAAGGGGAAACAAGCAGCAGUAGUAGAAGUGUGGAUGCAAGGAGAUGUUACUCAAUGGGUUCAUUCCAAUAUGUUGUUCAAAAUUCUGAGCUACAAGUGAUUUUGAAACCCAAUAUAACUGCAGGAGGAAUAGAGAAGAGUGUGAAUUUAGCCAUUGAUGGUGGAGGAGAAACUGAGGGAAAAAAUAUUAACAGUAGAAGUAAAGGUGACAGCUUUUCUGUUUCUAAGAUCUGGUUGUGGUCUAAGAAGAAUAAAUUUGUAUCUUCUUCUUCAGAUAACCCUGUAAAUUUGAGUUUGCCAAGAUGAUGGUAGCUAUCUGUAAUGAUUUGUUUCUGUAGGUGUGUUUGUUUAUACCAUAAAACCCAUCACAUUAUAUUUGGAAAUAGUUUGAAUUAUAUAAACAGUCCACACACAAUCAUUCUAAAU